CUGGAACUGAGACACGGUCCAGACUCCUACGGGAGGCAGCAGUGGGGAAUAUUGCACAAUGGGCGCAAGCCUGAUGCAGCCAUGCCGCGUGUAUGA